UUUUUUAGUUAUUCAGAGUCGAACUAUAAAAUGAGUUGUGAAUAUAAACGCUACAGUGCUAGUGUACCUGAAUACCUGCUUAAUCGACCACGUCAUUUUGUCAAACAUUGUUUAAAGAAGCAAGAUUUAGCUAACAGUGUUGAUAUAAAUGGAGUAAAAAUUAAGGAUUAUGGAAUUUUUUUAAUAAAUAGUUUUUCAGAUAAACAUAAAAGUUACACUGUUUCUUUUGGUGAUAAAAAUAAAAUGCCAAAAUGUACCUGUAAUGACUGGUUGCGAUCGGGUUACCUUUGUAAACAUUUUUUUUUAGUAUUUCGAAAGUUUCCACAAACAUGGUCAUGGGAUUCUUUAUCAUUAUUAUACAGGCAAUCUCCAUUUUUAAAUUUGGACAUUAAUAAAAAAGACAUUACUGUUAAUGGUUCAGAUAAAUCCCAGCAUAAUGAAAAAAAUAUUUCAGAAUAUACUAACAAUAUUACUGAUUGUACUUACAAUGUUUCUACUAAUACAGAAUUAAACCAUUUGAAUGGAAGUAAAAGAAAAGUAGUUAAUACUGCCUCUGAAGUUCGUGAAAUGCUCACAACUAUUCGAAAUUUAACAUUUGAUUUUGAUGAAACUUCAGAAGAAAUUUUAAACCUGCAUGGAAUGCUGUCAAAUGUAUUAGAAAAUUUAUAUCAUGCAAGAAAAAAAGAAAAAGGCUUACCAGUUAGAACAGAAAGUGCACAUGAUUAUGUAACCAAAAAUCAUAUUAAAACAGUUGAUAUGCCUAUUGUUAAAAAAAAAUCUUCACAUCGAGUAGGUAAGAAAAUUGAUUCAUUAAGCUCAGCAUCUAUCAUCAAAAUUGAUUGCAUUGCUUCUGAAGCACCAAUACAAGAAUGUAUUAUCACAGAUGAUCUAAUUACAGGGGAUACAACCUUUACAACAAAUUCUACAACAUUUGAAAAUGAAUCCUCUUUAAACAACGCUAAAUAUGCACUACCAAGCUUUCCACAACUUUCAACUGAGGAUGUUGAAGAUAUUUUAAAUAAUCGAAUGUUAUCAGAUAGUGUCAUACAUCAUUUCCAAAACUUAAUAAAAAAACGUCAUUUAUCAUCAAAUGGACUUCAAGAUCCAAUAUUGGGACAAAAAUUAUUUUUCAAGGCACUAGGUUCACAACCAUUUGUUCAAAUCAUUUAUAAUGGGCAUAACCAUUGGCUUGCUCUCAGCACAUAUGGUUGUAAAUAUGGAGAAAUUUAUGUACUUGACAGUAACUUUCAAGGAAAUUUAUCAAUAGAUACUCAGAAUCAAAUAUGUUCUCUUUUAAAAUAUGAUGAAGCUAUGAUCAAAGUAAUUGUUUUACCAGUGCAGCAGCAAGAAGGAUAUGUAGAUUGUGGUUUGUUUUCGCUGGCUUUUGUUGAAUUUAUUUUAUCAAACAACAAAAACCCUGUUGAAAAUAUUUGGUUUGACCAAAAACAAUUUAGAAGUCAUGUUCUCUUGUGCUUGAAGGAAAAUGUAAUGAGAUCUUUUCCACUUUCAAAUUGUGCAAGUCGUCGAUGCCAUUCAAAAGAGUUUAUAUUGAAAAUCUUCUGUUCUUGCAGGAUGAUUUUGACACCACAGUAUCAAGUUAUUUACGGAAAACACAUGAUCAAAUGCAAAAGUUGCUUAAUGUUAUAUCAUAGAAAGUGCGAAAGUGUUCCAGACUCUAUUUUGAGCAAUAAUAACAUGUGGUCUUGCUCUAGCUGUAGAUCAAAAUGAAUCCUAAUCUUU